AUGAUGAAAUAUAUGCGAACGAUUGAAUUCUACUACCCAAACAUUACAAAAAUCGUCCGCCUGGGUACCACACAUGAAGGCAAACCAAUCGAAGGCAUGAAGAUCGGUUAUCCAAUAUCAUCUACGGACAAGCGGGCGAUCUGGAUAGAUGGCAACAUCCAUGCGAGAGAAUGGGCAAGCAGUCAUACUGCACUAUAUUUUAUCAAUCAGCUCGUCGCCGGUUACGGUAAGGAUGAAAUGAUCACACACUAUGUGAACAGCUUGAACUUCUAUGUCCUACCGUGUUUGAAUCCGGACGGUUACGAAUACACCAGAUCAUCACCGAAUCCCAGUGUUCGCCUGUGGCGUAAAAAUCGCUCGCCAGAAAAGUGUAAUCGCUCCGUGUGGGGUGGCGAGAAAUGCUGCCAAGGCGUGGAUCUAAAUCGGAACUUCAAAUUCCAUUGGGCUGAAUCCGGCUCGUCGUUUGAACCAUGCUCGAACAUUUAUCAUGGCGACCACGUCUUUAGUGAACCGGAAUCACGUGCUGUACGUGACUAUUUGAAUUCGGACGAACUACGUGGGAAGGUAGACGGAUUCAUCACGCUUCAUUCUUAUGCACAGCUAUGGAUUUAUCCAUACAGUCAUGCCCAACAAAACUAUCCAGAGGAUAUAAGCGAAUUG